UCUCAUAACUGAUUCUCAACACACGCUCCCAGCGUCUCUUCUUCUCCAGAAGGUCACCGCUGCAUCCCUGAAGCACUCUAGUUCGGGUUUGAUUGUUAUAGAUUGGUUUAUAUUGUAAAGAAAUUGCAGAAUUCAAGCCCUUCCUGCAAUUUGUUUGUAAUUCUAGUAACCCAACUUCAAAAGGUAGAAUUUUCAGCGCCUUUGUCCUCCACUAAAGGUAAAGGAAGAAGCAUUAAUUUCUCUCUUUGUUGAUGGUAUCCUCAUUAACUGUUGACCUUCUUACUUCCUUCAGUUUGUUUACUGAUGUGCAAAGCCAUGGACUUGGAAUCUAAUAUUGGCGAUGUUAUGAAAUUUAUUGAAAAAGAAGUUUUAAUCGAAAGGUCGCACCUUGAUGAUCAUAUAGUGACGCUUAAGAUGGAAUUAACAUUUCUGUUUCAACUUGUUCGCAGUCCCGCUUCAUGGAUCAAGGUGGAUAAUGAGUUGGGAGAUCUUUUGGAUCGUGUCCGGAGUUUGAUCACAAAGGCAAGACGGGACCUUCAUUUGACUUGUGAUAUUGGAAGAUCUGAACUGGAACGUGUUGCUUUUGACCUACUUAAAGAGAUUUGGCUUCUCAAGCCGGACAUGGUUUUAGUUCUAAGACACCUCCCCAAGCUAGGAUUUUCAACAGACAUGAUUGAAGUCCUGGCUCGAUACAUUAAUUCCCUUGUCGACAAUCUAGAGUUUUUGCUCAAGUUCAGGGCAGAUUUUGUUGCUCCUGUGAAGGAAAAACUUCAACUUGUCAAAGGAAAUCUAGUGUAUCUGGGAGGUUUUGUUUCCUUCAUACUAGACAACUUUAAUAAUGGGCCCAACGACGUCAACGAAUUCUGGGAUUAUGUCACAGGUGUAAUAAAAGAAACAGCACGUUGUAUCUCUUCACUUUGUUUGGCAAAGGAUUCGGAUGAUUAUAUGGUUGGUGGCUUUUGUUUCAUCCUUGUAGAUCUACUACACAGCAGUAAACCUUAUGUUGAAGCCCUGAAAGUUUUACCCUCAGUGCUAAACUUCAGUAGGGAAUUGGAUGCCUUUGCAACAGACUUUGUUAAUUUCAUCCUAGGAGCGCCGAUAACAGAGGAGCUCAAUUCCCGGUCUUAUCUACUGGUCUACAAACAUCGUGUUCAAAAACUCCAGAAGUCGCUCAGGUUACUGCUAGUAUAUAUCUUAUGCAAUGAAGUUCAAAAGGAAAGCUUGAUAAUCUUUGAUCUUGUAUUCAAUGAGUUUUGGUCGUUCAUUAAAUCAUUGGACAACCGAGAAAUGGAUGAAGAUUUGGACAAAGAAUUUGAUCUUGCUAUAUCACGUUUGGUGCAAAAGAUGGAGCCUAUGGCAUCAAAGAUCUUAAAGGGUACUAUCAAGAAACAAAAGCCAGCAUUGCCCUUUUCCCAGAUUGAUAGUUUGGGAUGUAUAGAUUUGGUAUCGCAGAAUUUGCUGAGAUUGUUGGAUCAUAGGAUUGAUUCAAUUGCUCCGGUAGCACAUCAGAUUAAAUUUGUACUGGCUGAGAUUAAAAGAUUCAAACCUUUUCUCGAAAACAAUGUUGACCAACAAGGAGAAGGUAAGGAAGUGUUAGAUGUUUGCAAUCAUAUGACCAAUUUAUUUGUCAAAUUUGAGUAUGCUGUGGACAUGUUAGUGUUUCAACCUUCUCAUCCACGGAACAAUCAGUUAGACGAUGUCAUUGAAGAAAUUAAGUUCAAAUUUGAGUAUGUGGAAAACUUCUUGGUUGAUCUUUCUUCCACAUGGAACAUUGAUGUAGGCUAUGUCAUUGCAGAAAUUAAGCUUUUCAAGGACAUUGUUGAGUUUGCGCAUAUCUUCAUGGAAAAUAAGGAUGCCCCAAGUGAUUGUCAAACAUCAAAACCUAGCACUCCAAUCAUUGAUGAAGCAGUUGUAGGCUUGGAGGACCAGAUAGAAAUAUUAAUGGCACGGGUAAUUGGUGGUGAGGCCGAGCUUAAUGCCAUUCCUGUCAUUGGCAUGCCAGGGAUUGGUAAGACAACACUCGCCAAAAGAAUUUACAAUGACAGAAGAACUUCAGAUCACUUUGAUAUUCAAGCAUGGUGUUCUGUUUCUCCUAGACUUACGGCGAGUGAAUUGGCCCAAGAUAUUUUAAUUUCUAUCGUUGAUCUGAGCAAUGACAUUUACAAGUCAGAGGAGGGGAAGGAGCUAGAUUAUCUUGAUAUUUUACGCAGACAGUUACAUAGAGGAAGAUACCUCAUCGUUGUAGAUGAAGUGUGGGAUUCUCAUAUAUUUGAUGAGUUGCACAGGUGUUUUCCAGAUAAUCAUAAUGGAAGCAGAAUUCUUGUUACCGGCGGCCGAAAAUAUGAGAAUCCAUUGUUUGAUGAACCUCUUUUGGUUCGCUUGUUGACUCCGGAAGAGAGUUGGGAGCUAUUACAAGUGAAGUAUAAUCACCUUCGCUUAUGUACUCGAGAAGAAUUUCGCAAACCCCCAAUUCCAAAUGAGAACUGUCCUGCUGAAGUUGGGAAGGAAAUUGCCGUAAAAUGUCAAGGGCUACCGCUAGCCAUUGUUUUGAUAGCUGGGUUUCUUGUCAAUAUAAAGGACGACAGCGAUCGGCUAACCAUCACUGGAGAGGCAUUUAGUUCAGAAACUAAUCGUGAUGUAGGAGACUGCAAUGAAAUGAUAGAAUUGAGCUACAAAAAAAUGUCAGGUUAUCUAAGACAAUGUUUUCUAUAUUUUGCAGCAUUGCCAAUGAGUACAGAAAUUUCAGUUUCAAAACUAACAUGGUUGUGGGUUAGUGAAGGAUUUGUACGAAGAGAUGAGGUGAAGAAACCAGAGGAGGUAGCAGAAGAUUACCUGAAUGAUCUAAUCGGGAGGAGCCUUGUAAUGGAGGCCAGAAGAAGUUCAAAGGGCAGGCUGAAAUCAUGUCGCAUUCAUGAUUAUCUAUAUCAUUUCUGUCGAGACAAAUCUAAAGCCGAAAAGUUCUUGCCAGUGGCAUCGCGGUUUGAAGAUUUCGUUCUGAAUACACGCAUUCCUCUUACCCGCACAAUGAUAUAUUCUUCUGAACCCGGUUGGCACCGCUUCUGGCCAAGUCCUCUUCCCGAAGAAGGUCCAUUUCGGGGUGUCAAAGAGCUUGUUAGAGUGUUGGAUUUGGGGUGCAUCAAUAUUGGCAAUAUCUUUCCUCCACAAAUAAAAAGGCUUGUGCAUUUGAGAUUUUUGUCACUUCAAGGUGACAUCACGGUCAUGCCCUCUUGGAUUUCCAAGCUCUGGAACUUAGAAACUUUCCUAGUGAAAGGAACAAAAGGUGAGGUAGCAUUACCAGAUACAUUUUUCAAUAUGACAAGGCUGAGGCAUGCACAUAUAGAUAACUGUACCUUCUCAGAUUCCAACUUGUCCCAAUUGGAUUGUUUGCAGACCUUAUCCACCCCAUCUCUUUCUUAUGACAAAGGGAACAUAAUGACUAGUUUUCCUUUCCUUCAAAAACUAAAAUGCAUAUUUUUGGAAUCUUGGGGUCAUUCUGAGAAAUCGGGAGAAUCUUGCAAUCGAUUUCCAGUUUUGGAUUUCUUGAAUCAGCUUGAAUCGCUCAAUGUGAUUUAUCAAGGCCGAGUGCUUCUGCCUUGUGAAUUUAACUUCCCCUCAAACCUUAAGAAAUUGACCUUAUCAAAGUUUAGGCUGCCAUGGGUUGAAAUUUCUGCGAUCGCAGCAUUACCAAACCUUGAAAUUUUGAAAUUGCUUUCAAAAGCUUUUGAGGGAGAAGAGUGGAAUGUGAGUGAUGAGGAAUUUCCAAAUCUCAAAUACUUGAAAUUGGGAAAUCUGAACAUUACACUUUGGAAUAUAUCAGAUGAUGCCUUCCCAUCUCUUGAGCAUAUAGUAUUGCAAAAUUGCAAGCAGCUCAUUGAGAUUCCUUCUGAGUUUGGUGAUAGUUGUUCCCUGCAAAAGAUUGAGGUGAUCUUGUGUGGAGACACUGUUUCUCAAUCAGUCAGAAAAAUUGAGGAAAUUCAGUGCGAAGAGAUGGCAAACAGCAAUUUCAAGGUCAUCAUUCAGAACCCAAACAGGGACUGAAGAAAACGAAUCUCGUCUUCAGUCUCCACGCUCACUUAUGCAAGUGUUGAUUCCUAUCCGCAAACUUGAGCUAGAGCCAGGGUACUUUAGUGAUGAGCCGCAAGUUUCCUUCAAUGAGUAAUGCUGGUUCCACUUCUUCUUUCUCUAUUGUUAUGUUUCAAUUUGACAGUUAUUGAAAACUCUUUGUUGUAUUUAUCCAUGAACCUUGUGUAUGGUUGUAAUUUUGUAAUGCAUUGAACUGUCUUACUCUUCGGGAAAAAAAAA